GUUCAGCAGCGUGUCCCCCAGCCUGAACAUGGCAGUGAAGAGACGGGAGCAAACGCUGCAGGACUACAAGCGCCUGCAGUCCAAGGUGGAGAAAUACGAGGAGAAGGAGAGGACCGGCCCCGUCCUCGCCAAGCUGCACCAGGCCCGUGAAGAGCUAAGGCCGGUGAAGGAGGACUUUGAAGCCAAGAACAAGCAGCUGCUGGAGGAAAUGCCCAAGUUUUAUAGCAGCCGCAUUGAUUACUUCAAGCCCAGCUUUGAGUCGCUGGUCCGGGCGCAG